GCUUCGAAUCCUGAUUCUCUUGAACCCUUUGGUCUCGUGGCCAAGACAUUUUCUCUUUGUUGGCGGCUAAAUGCUACUGCCUAAUCCUCCUAAUUCAUCCUUGCUCGGCCACCAUCUGAUACAAUGCGCGGCGCCAAGAAUCUGAUAGCCCAAACCCACAAGAGAAAGAGAAACAUCAAGCAGAAAACUGCUUGGAAGAAGCAAUGCUCUGUUUCAAGAAACCAUAUCUUUGCUUCAAGAAAACCUGAAGCUGACAUACUCCAUGAGCUGGAAAAAGAAAAAGUCGGUGAUGAUAGUGCAGAAGGUUUCAGCCUGAAGGCCUCAGCACCAUCAAAUUCUCACGGAGUUCAACCACUGGGCAAUCUGUACUUUAGCCCUUCUUCGCACAAUUCAAGAAAUUCAGGCCUCGGUAAUCUACGGUCAUUAACUGACGAACUUGUACUUGAAAUUUUAGGCCUUUUGGGAGGUACUCAUUUAGGUGUCUUAUCAACUGUGAGCAAGUCUUUGUAUGUUUUCUGUAACCAUGAACCCCUUUGGAGGAAUAUUGUUUUGGAAACUUGUAAAGGUGGCUUUCUGUUCUACGAGACUUGGAAAUCUACUUAUGUCAGUGCAAUUAGGCCGUCUUUUGAAAUUUUAAAUUCGGGUUUGAAUGUUAGGGACUUCUAUUCUGACUACUUGUUUCAGAGUUGGCUUUGUGCUAAUCUUGAAAUGAAACCUGAAUGGCUUGAAAGGGAUAAUAUAGUACGAGCCAAGGGAAUUUCUGUUGAAGAAUUUGUGUCAAGAUUUGAGGAACCGAAUAAGCCAGUUUUAUUGGAAGGGUGUUUAGAAAAUUGGGCUGCGUUGGACAAGUGGGACAGGAAUUAUUUGAUCGAGUUAUGUGGUAAUGUUCAAUUUUCAGUUGGGCCUGUGGAAAUGAAGCUUGAGGAGUAUUUUAGGUACUCUGAUCUCGCCAAGGAAGAAAGGCCAUUGUAUCUGUUUGAUCCCAGAUUUGCACGGAAAGUUCCAAAUUUAGGCUUGGACUACGAAGUUCCAGUGUAUUUCAGUGAAGAUUUAUUUAGUGUUUUGGGGGAUGAGAGGCCGGAUUAUCGAUGGAUAAUUAUCGGACCUGCUGGUUCUGGUUCAUCAUUCCACAUUGAUCCUAAUUCCACAUCUGCUUGGAAUGCGGUGAUUAAGGGAUCAAAGAAAUGGAUUUUAUUCCCCCCUGAUGUGGUGCCACCAGGAGUGCAUCCAAGCCCAGAUGGAGUGGAAGUGGCCUGUCCUGUUUCAAUAAUAGAGUGGUUCAUGAACUUUUAUAAUGAAACAAGAAGUUGGAAAAAGAAGCCCAUUGAGUGUGUUUGUAAGGCUGGAGAAGUUAUCUUUGUGCCCAAUGGAUGGUGGCAUUUGGUUAUCAACCUUGAGGACUCCAUUGCCAUUACACAGAAUUUUGUUAGCAGAAGGAAUUUAUUGAAUGUUUUGGAUUUUCUAAAGAAGCCAAAUGCUUGCAUGAUUGUUUCUGGAACAAGAGACCGGGUGAAUUUGUAUGAAAAAUUCAAGAAAGCCAUUGAGGCAUCUUUUCCUGGAAUUGUUGAUGACCUGCUAUCAAAAGCAGAAGAUAAAAAGAUCCAGAAGAAGAAACUUUCAUUCUGGGAAUCAGUUACUGAUUCAAAUGCAGGUGCUUUCAAGUUCUCUUUUUAGUGCAGUAGGUAACCGCAUAUUCCAGAAAUUGGUCUUUCUUAUGUGCAAUAUCACAGCAGAUAAAGAAGCUAUCUCAAAAUUUUGAUAUCGUUAGAGUUAGCAUUCAUUAUUUUAGAUCGUUAAUAAUGUGUGUUACUGCACUACCUUCUAUCUGCUUUACAAAGCAUCAAGGUGCUCACAUGAUUUGCAUUAUCUUCCUACAUCUCGGAAGAGGAGAGAACUCGGAACAUGUUUACUAUUCCUGCCAGUAAUUAGUGGUGGACAAAUUUCCCUUGUUA